AUGCGUCUCACCGUAUUGGAUUUGCCAAAUGAAAUUCUGUGUGUAAUUUUUCACAAACUAGAUAUAAUCAAUGUAUUUUAUUCGUUUAUGAGUAUUAAUGAACGGUUGGAUCGUUUAGCACUAGAUCCAUUUUACAUUCGCAAACUUAUUGUGACGACAAAAUCAUUUUCCGACAAUAUGUGUUUGACAAAAGAUGAAAUUGUCGAUAAACUCUGUGGCGAUAUUAUUCCACAAAUUCAUGAUCAAGUGAAUAAACUCUUUGUUGAACAACAUCUAUUGCAACGUGUUCUUCAUGCCGGGAGUUACCCACGACUCAACUCAUUGUCACUUAUUGACUUUCAGCCAAGGACACUUCUCAAAAUUCUAACAGAUGAUGCAUUGUUUCGGAAUCUUUUAUCGGAACAAAUAGUAUCUCUUCAACUUGAUCUUGUUGGAGAAGAGAUUACACCAGGUCCGGACAUUUUACUCGCAAUUUUUGUUCUCAUCGUAUCAUUAUGUAAACACUUGAGCAAGCUAAGUUUUCGUCGAAACCGUGUGGGACUUCUUGAAUAUAUAUUUCACUUCUCAUCUAUCGAUUGGGAAUCUUCAACGUUGACUUCAUUGAAAAUCAAUGUCGAAACUUUCGAUGAUUGUCUUCAUCUGCUUGAUGGACGUUUGAAUAAUUUAUCAAGAUUAACCAUUUUCGUGGUUCAUAUUAAAUGUUCACGAGUUAAUCAAACAACGUUUAGUAUCAACACAUCGAUAAUUAAAAGUCGUAAACGUCUUCUUUCGUCAAGAGAAGAUAUGAAACUUAGUUUUAUUAGAAAAGAAUAUGGACCAGUUGGUUUGUACAUUGAAACACCUAAAUUAAAAUGGAGAACAAUAAUUUUUCAUCAUUUGUCAUAUCCAGAUGUAUUUCAAAGUCGAUGUCACAUUUAUUCACUUCCAUAUCAUUUUUAUGACUUCUAUUUUUUAAACAAUGCAUUUCCAGAUGGACUAUUCAACAAUGUUCGCAAUUUGUCUAUGACUGAAAAUCGUCCUUUUGUUGCUAAUCUGUUCAAAAUUAUUUCCGAAAGUUUUCCUUUGUUAGUAGCAUUGGAUAUAUUCAAUCUAAAAUCAUCUGAACUUCAGCAAGAUCCAACAAUAUGUAUCAGCUUUCCUUAUCUUGAAUUUCUCGGUGUUGCGAAUGCCCACUUAGAUUAUAUCAGACAAUUUCUCAUUGAUAAACUUUGUAAUCUGCCUCGUUUGACAAAUCUCUAUAUUCGCUAUGAACCUUUAGCAUUAGUUACAAUCAACUUCACAAGUGAUUCUACACGUCUGACAUCACCGAGUUUACGAUGUGCAAAUGAUCAAAAAAAUCAAUCGAAUCACCAAGCUGAUGAUAUUUAUGAAUUGCUAGGUCAAUCCAUCAAUCAACUGGUCAAAUAUUUUGAUGAACCUGAGAAGAAGAGAGGCUUAGUUAAUCACACCAAUCUUAUGCAGUGA